AAGCGUUUGGAUUCAGUGUCCCGAUCGCCCAUAUAUUCACACUUCUCAGAGACAGUGACCGGCGCCUCAUCCAUACGAGCUUACGGUGCGAUUCAACGCUUUAUUGAGGAGUCAAACCGGAAAGUCGAUGAAAAUCACAGCUGCUAUUACUCUAGUGUUGUGUCCAGUCGUUGGCUAACCGUUAGACUCGAGUUUUUAGGAAAUUGUGUGGUAUUCUUCACAUCCCUAUUCGCAGUGCUAUAUAGGGGCACAUUAUCUCCAGGAAAUGCCGGUCUGUCCAUUAACUCUGCGUUGCAAAUAACGGCAACACUUAAUCAAUUAGUCAAAGGAAGUACUGAUUUAGAGUCCAAUAUUGUUUCCGUUGAGAGGAUAAUAGAGUACACGAAAGAGGAACAGGAGGCCGAGUGGUUCAGAGAUGAAUCCAAAUUGAAUGAGUCCUGGCCCUCAAACGGUGCCAUUAGUUUCAAUCGCUACAGUACCAGAUAUAGGGAAGGACUGGAUCUGAUCCUGAAACAAAUAGAUGUGAAUAUAGAGCCGGGAACUCGAGUGGGAAUUGUUGGCCGAACCGGUGCUGGAAAGUCAUCCCUAACACUGGCUCUCUUCAGAAUUAUUGAAGCUGAUAGCGGUUCCAUAUCUAUAGAUGGUGUCACUAUAGCUGAUCUGGGUCUACAAGAAUUGAGAUCCAGGUUGACUAUCAUCCCUCAGGAUCCGGUGCUCUUCACGGGUACUCUACGAAUGAAUUUGGAUCCAUUCAACAGGUAUUCGGACAGUCAGUUAUGGACAGCACUAGAGUUGGCUCAUCUGAAGAAAUACGCCAAUUCUUUAGAGGCCGGACUCGACCACCAAAUAUCAGAGGGCGGCGAUAAUCUGAGCGUCGGUCAGAAGCAAUUGGUAUGUCUGGCCAGAGCUCUACUCAAGAAGUCUAAGAUUCUAGUCUUGGAUGAG